AUGUCUUUUAUUCCGCGUGUAAUAGCGCGCACAUCAGGUCCAAGCCUACGAAACCUCUGUAUAUCACGACCUCGCGUUCUAGAAGCUAGGCAUUUCCCUCGACCAUGUCGACGACACCCGUAUUCGACCUCAAUUCCUCCGAUUUCCUCUGUCCAUAUCAGCCAACUCGUGCUUGUCUCUCUGGCAAGCUCUCUCCUCGGGUUUGGAUUGGCAAAGGCCUCAUUCUCCCCGUUCAACGCAACAACACACGCAGAUCCUUUCUCGACGCAAGAUGAACGGCCGAAAUUUGGAACCCCAGGAGACUUCACAGCGGCCAUUCUCGAGCUCCGAAGUUAUUUCAACGUACGAGACGGCGUAUCAGUGGACCCACACGACCUCCAUAGCCAUGGGUUCUCUCCAAACUCCCACCAUCCGGGGGUGGCCCAUAGCGUCGUGGUUUACCCUGACUCGACGGAAGACGUUGUCGAGAUCGUGAAGAUCGCGACGAAGCAUCGGAUGCCAAUCAUCCCGUAUUCAGGCGCUACGAGUUUAGAAGGGCAUUAUCGUGGUCAUCCAGAAGGUGGCAUCUGCGUCGACAUGACGAAUAUGGACUGUAUAAUUGCUAUCCAUGAGGCCGACUCUGACCUCGUUUGCCAACCUGGAGCAAGGUGGAUGGAGAUCAACGAGACGCUCAAAGAGAAAGGCGUUCCACUUUUCUUCCCGAUUGAUCCAGCCCCAGGAGCAACUAUCGGUGGGAUGCUCAGCACAGGGUGCUCAGGAACCAACGCUGUACGAUAUGGCACAGCAAAAGGAGAAUGGUUUCUGAACGCCAUUGUGGUGCUGCCUUCGGGAGAAGUGAUCAAGACACGCCAGCGAUCUCGUAAAUCCUCAGCAGGGUGGGACACGACGAAGUUGUUCAUCGGUGCAGAAGGGACGUUGGGUAUCGUCACGGAAGUGACGAUCCGACUGGCUCCGGUCCUACCGACGACAGUGGGUGUCGUCCAAUUCCCUAACGUGCAGAAGGCGACUGAGGCAGUUGCCGAGAUCAUGAACACAGGCGUUGGUAUCCAAUGCAUCGAGCUUGUUGACGAUAUCUUCGUCUCUGCGGUCAACAAAUACGGCAUGUCCAAGCGCCGAUAUCCCGUACAAGACAGCCUCUUCAUCAAAUUUCAAGGACCCACCUCGCGCUCGCUCGCCGAGUCUGCCUCCAUUGCACGCAGCAUCGCCGCCAAGCACGGCGGAACCAACUUCUCUCUCGCCCGCUCCGAUGAGGAAGCCACAGAACUCUGGGCAGACAGGAAGAACGCGCACUACUCGGGCCUGGCACUGAUCGAUGGGGCGAAGGGAUGGCCGACCGACGUCUGUGUGCCUGUGUCAAAGCUGCCGGAGCUGGUGUUGGAGACGAAGGAGGAUAUUAGAAAGGCUGGGCUUGUCUCGACGAUCGUGGGGCACGUAGGGGAUGGAAACUUUCAUUCGCUGAUACUCUUCCGGAAUGAGGAGGAAGAGAAGGUGGCAAGAGAGUUGGUGCACCGGAUGGUAAAGAGGGCGAUCGCGAUGGAAGGAACAUGCACUGGAGAGCAUGGAGUGGGUAUCGGAAAACGGGAAUAUCUUGUCGAUGAACUCGGAGAGGGUACCGUGGCGUUGAUGAAAAAGAUCAAGAGGACUAUCGAUCCCCUAGGGUUGUUCAACCCUGGAAAGCUAUAUCCCGACGAGGUUAAGAAGGAGGAAAGAAUGCAUUAG